GCUCUCGCUCACACGCUCAAGAUGGGCUGGUUCUCCUCGUCCACCACCGACUCGGCUCCAGCACCCACCGGCGCACCCGACCGAUCCGCCCGAGCCCAGUGCUGGACCGGCCGCGACGCCUACUUUGCCUGCCUCGACAAGAACGGCGUCCAGGUGCCCGGCCAGGAGGACGGCAAGUGCGCACAGGAGGACACCGAGUACCGCAAGGUCUGCGCGGGCAGCUGGGUCGAGUACUUCAACAAGCGCCGCGUCCUCCAGCUCCGCCAGGACCUCAUGGAGCGCAAGGCCGCCGAGCAGAUCCAGGCGCAGAGCGGCAAGCGGUGAGGCGGGCUCGUCGCGUCCUCGGCGGUGGUUCCAGGCCGGAAGCGCGAGAUGUACAUACAGAAGGAGCUGCACCGCAAUCUAUCACCCGUCAAAUUCC